AUGGUGUGCACGGGCCGGCCGAACAACGGCUACGCCCUGCAGGUCCAGUGGGCCAAGGUCCACCGGUCCGUCGACGCGGCCCACGUCUGGAAGGCGGACCAGUGGGUCGUGUUGAGCCGCCUCCACGCCGAGGCCGCCGCGCGCCUCGACGGCUGCGCGCGGCGCGAGGCGCGGCACCGCGACGACGCGGAGCCCUUGUGGCGGCUCCUGCGCAAGUGCACGGCGCCCGACGAGCUCCUCUUCCCCGUGUCCCUGGCGCUCUGCGGCGUGUUGCGGCGGCCCGACGGCGCCGACGAGGCCGCGGCGGCGACGGCGACGGCGCCGGCGACGGCGACGGCGCCGGCGCCGGCGACGGCGACGGCGACGGCGACGGCGACAGCACCGCUCCGGCCGCGCGAAACCACCGCAGUCGACGGCCGGCGGCUCACGUGGUGCGACUGGUCCCAGAACGGCAAGUCGCCCAAGACCUUCGCCGCCCUCGACGCCGCCGUCGUCGCCGCGGCGAACGUCGACGGCUGCCUCUUCGCGCGCAAGUUCAAGGACCCCGUGCCCGUGGACGCGUGGCGCGCGCUCGUCCUCGGCGACGAGGACGGGGACGGCGACGACGCGCCGCCGAAGAAGCGCCGCCGGGAGGAAGGAGGUAGUGAUGGGUAA